CAUUCGCUGAUAGAUGGCGCAGAAACUGACCGGAAACACUAUUUUCGUCUGCUACUUACAUUCAUUUUUUACAAACAAUAAUUUGAAAAACUCCGUUUUAGUCGCUUGCUUGAGAAACUGUCAUAUGAAUUUAUUUAACACCCAGCUCGUGCGAAAGAAAAAAAAAGAUGCAAGCGAUUUAUCUGUUUAUUUUAUUUUGGACGACGUAACAUUGCCUUGGAAACCGAUGGAACUUUUAAUGAAGCAAAAUAUUAUUUGACUUGUUUGUUUCUUAUGCGGUUUUCGAAAAUAAUUUAAGAAAAAUGUUCCAACAAACUUUGAAAACUCUUUGGAUUACAGCAUUUGUAUUUAUAUUAUUCAUGUUUAAAUUUGUGGUAAAUUCUGAAUCUUUAGGUGUGCCAUUCAUUCAACCAUUUUCAUUUCCAAGCGAUGUCAUUAAAGGACAAAGUGUUACUAUCACAUGUGCGGUGACCGCUGGCACAGGAUCUUUCACAUUCAAGUGGUUAAAAGAUGGUCAACCUUUAGGUGAUCAACCUCUAUCGAGGAUACAGACAUUUGAGGAAUAUUCUUUGCUCUACUUAAAAUCAGUAGAUAGUUCCAGAAGUGGAAACUAUACUUGUUAUGUUACCAAUGCUGCUGGUGUUGCCAACCAUACUGUAGAGCUCAUAGUAUAUGAAUUCCCAGUAUGGAAAAUUCUACCGGAGGAUAAAGAGGUGGUAUAUGGAAACGAUGUUGCUAUAGAUUGCUCUGGCACUGGCGUUCCUCUACCAAAGGUUACAUGGAGAAAAAUUCUAAAUUCUGAGCCUUCAUCUCUUCUCAACAGAGGUCACCACCGCCAAUUGAAUAAUGGAAGUUUAAUCUUGAUGGAUGUUCAAAUUGAAGAUGGAGGUGAAUACGAAUGUAUUGUAUCAAAUGGAAUCGGAGAAGAUUUAAAAAAAACAGUGUCUGUCAAAAUAAACGUUCCUCCUCAAUUCCAUGAAACACAUCAAGUACAAAAUGUGAGAAGUGGUCAUUCCGCAAUACUCCGAUGUGACGUUUUUGGAGACAUUCCCAUAACUAUUCUAUGGUCGAAGGAAUAUAUGGACAAAAAAGACAGUAGAUACAAAAUUCAAGAGACACCUAUUCCGAAUGGGCUACUUUCCGAGUUGUUCAUUUCCAGAAUUGUCCGAGAAGAUGCAGGGCUUUAUAUAUGCACUGCGACUAACAAUUUUGGCAAAGAACAGAAAACCAUAAAACUAGUUGUUUUAGAGCCACCAGCUUCCCCAUUUGAUGUCGUCGUACGGCAAAUUGAAAGAUCAGAAGCUACCAUACAAUGGAAAACGCCAUAUGCUGGCAACAGUCCCAUUAAAAAUUACAUCAUACAAUACUGGCGAGAUACGGGUUCCCCACCUAAACUUCUAGAGGAAUUAGUGAGCAGCGAAAAAAAUUCGCACGUUUUAAGGGGUCUCAGACCAGGAAUGUCGUACUUGGUAAGAGUCAUAGCCGAAAACGAAUUUGGUUCCAGCAGCCCUUCCGUUCCUUUUCGCUUUUCAACUGCAGAAGAUGCUCCUUCAGGAUAUCCGACCGAUCUUAGUGUCUUUUCCAGUGGUCGGCAUGAGCUUAUAGUCCGAUGGAAGGCACCAGCACCUGAUCAACGGAAUGGUGCUAUUCAAGGAUAUGAACUUGGUUACCGAAGUCAUCAUUCCUUUGGCCCCUACAUUUUCAAAGAGGCACGUCUAGGUCCCGGAAUGUUGCAAGAGUAUGUGCUGGAUGAUCUACAGGAGGAAACUGAAUACGAAGUUGUCAUCAGAGCCUAUAACAGUGCUGGCAAAGGACCAAUAUCGAUGCCGGUGAUAGGAAAAACGAAAGAAAAAGGAAAUCUAGUUCCUCCCGUACUUUGGAUAGAAUCGAGUUCGGCGACAGCGAUUACUCUAAAAUGGUCUGGUAAUGAGGAUAUCAGAAAAAGUGAUUUGCGCUAUUCUUUGCACUAUAGAGCUGAAGGCAAAAAAUGGGAAGAAAGAUUCAUUCCAAGUUCUCAUACUGGACCUUAUGUACUCUCAGAUCUGGAGGAAAACACUCUCUAUUAUCUUUACUUGCAAGCGAUCUGUGGCAAUGAACAGAGCAAUCCUUCGAUGACAGUGAGCGUUAGAACGUCUGAUCCAAGUUUUGAGCGUUCCUCGAUGACGCAGAUGCAAGAAGUAUCCCACCAAACCACAUUGGUCAUAUCUCUUAGUGUAGUCAUAUCCUGUGUUGUCAUUGUAUGUGUAAUAGCUGGAGCAUGCGUGUAUGUAACACGUGUCACUAGUCACAGCAGUCUAAAAAGAGAUGGACAUGCUUUGAGUGAUUUUGCAGAGCAACCUUCAACCUCAAGAAGUACGCCCCUGUCUAGACACACAUCUAACUUUCGCUACGUGGACGUGAAUUCUCGUCCUCUUUUGUGGUGUUCGACACCUGCUCCACCAAAUGACUAUCCUUCACCAUAUGCGACGUUACCUCUGAGGCCCACACCCAUUUCCAAGAGGUGGCACAGUGAAGAUGGAAUGUCCCCUGCAAUUUCAGAAAGAAGCGAAUCCCUCAUUAACCAAAGAGUUGAACUAAACGAAGACAAAAUGUCAAACAGUAAGGAAUGAACUUGUGAGGGAAAAUUAAAACUUUUGAAAGGAUCUCAACUUAAAGUGGAUUGUAAAAAAAUUAGUCUCUGAAUGAAGUACAAAGUAAUUUUGAAGAUAUUUGGAAUCCAAGGCGAAAAUAAUUCAGCUGUUUUAGAUGAGUGUUAUCGAUAAAAGACGACACGAAUAUACGUGGAAUUUUCAAUAACAACUUUUUACGUUAUUUUAUGUAAAUAUACUGUUGUUUAAAUGCUAUAAGAAAAACUCACCAUUGUUUUUCUUCGAAAUAACAAAUGGUAAAGACACAUCGAUUUGUAAAAAAAAGCGUUGUUAGUAACUUUUUCAAAUUGAUUACGCCCUGUAUUUUCUUAAUGCAUUAAAACGAAUUAUUUAGCGUAAUUGAUUAUCGAUUAACUCAUAACAACAGAAGAAGGCAGUCUUUGUGUUUAUGCUUUGGUAUGUGACUGUCUUCAAGUAUAGCAAUGGAUACAAUGGUGCUAGAUCAACUGACCAAGUUGCCAUUCUCAUUUUUAUGCAGAGAGUUUAAGUCUACCUAUGCUUAGUAACUACGAGUAAAAAGCACCGAAAAUAAAACUAUAAUGUGUGGAAGCCAUUCAUUUCAAACUGGGUUGAUAUGACUGAUCCAUUAUUGCAUUUACAACCUCAACUGUAUUUUUUGAAACUGUGAACAGUUCAGAAAAAGUUUAUCUAACUGAAAAUAUAUUUUUGUCAUAUAAUAAAAAUAAAGAUUGCUAUUAAAGAGGUUUAUAAAUGAAUAAGUUGUACAGUUGUAAAUUUUGUGUAGCUAUAUUGUUAUAAAGACAUUUCCUUGAAAGAAAAAUUAUUGUGAAAUGUAGUCUUUUUAACUACUUAUUUCUUUUUUAUAAUCAGUCAAACGUGAUGGUUACUUUACUUUCUUGAGUUUUAUGUGUACUACGUUACUUCUCUUAAUUACGAAUUUCUAUGCAUUAAAGGUAUUAAAAAAAUAGCUAUUAAAUGAUUUGCUUAAUGUAUUAUUCAUAAGUGCAUUACUGAUAAUAGUUUAUUUUGUGAGAAAAAUUAACUAAUUAUUGCAAAUAGUUACUGCAGAUUGUUUUCUGUUGUGAAAUGCGUUUUUCAUUUUAUAAUGUUGUUUUCUAUAUUUGUUCAUUGCUUAAUCAUCUCAGUUUAAAAAACUGAUAAUAAUUUUGUAUUUAAGAUUAUUUCAUAAUACAAUAAAUAAACACAAUUUUUAAGCAACAGUCGCAAAAUAGGUAAUAGUUUUUAUUCAAUAAUGUAUAGAUAGGUUGUUAAAAUCACUUUCAAAGACGGAUAUAAGUAUUACUGUGGAACCAUAUUCGCGGAACUAUAGAUUCCACGAAUCUGAUCCAGGAAUGCUGCUCCAACUGUGAGUGGAGGAAUGCUGCUCCAACUCUUAUUCUGCAUUAAAUUAUCUGUUGUAAAUAUCAACUCCAAAGUGACAGUUUUUAAUCAUUUUUGAGACUUUAUAUUGAAUUUUAGGACCCUAAGUGUUUUGCUCAUAUUAUUGAGAAAAAAAGUUUUUUUCUAGAAUUAAAUUUUAAAAGAAAACUGCUUAACAUUAUUUAUUUAUCUUUAAAUUCCUUCCUUCAAAUUUUUAAAUUAAAUUUUCCUAUUUGAUCUGCACAGCAUUGAUAAGCCUUAAUGCUUAGUUUUGCAUUUAAAGUUAAUUUUAACGAUCAUCUAAAAUUAUGAAUUAAAUCUUAUUUUCUAGUAGCUAUUUUCCUGCAAAAUUCCAAUUGUAGCUAUUCUAUCCUACUUAAUCUUUUAUUUAUGUUUUGUGUUACGUAAGAAAACAAACUAUGUUGUUUUUGUAUCUGCAUUUUGUAUAGAAAUUUACUUUAAAACAGAAAUAUAUUUUUUAAUAAAUGUCGACCGUAUAGUUAUCAUUGUAUAAUGUUAUCUCUGUAAAUAAAGCAUUGUAUUUUUUUUA